GUUUACAGCCCGGCUCGUCACUGCUGGGAGCCGUGACGUCACCGCGCGCCGGACAAACUUCAGUGGUGGUGGUGGCGGCGGCCGCUUUCGCGUACUCGGCGGCGCUGCAUAACGCGCUCCGUCGCGGCUUUUGUGAGGCGUUUUGUCGUCGUCGUCGUUGUGCGGCAAGAUUGCGGAUUUAACGACAGAUUAAACAGGAGGGAGCCUCGCUGCGCCGCCGUACCGAGAGACGGAAGCGGAAGGCGCAAGCCGAGCCUGAGGCCUUCCCCUGUGCCCGCUCGGAGCGAGGCGGCGCCUCCUCCUCCUCGUCGUCCGGCGGGUCGCGCUCCGCGUUCGCUUUGCGUGGACUUGCAAAGCCAUGAGCGUGGAGCUGCCUGUCCUCUACCGCCUCUGCUUGUUGCUCGUUGCAAGCGUGGGCCGACGGAGCCGCUUCGCGUCUUGAGGCGAGAGUGUGGAGCGGUGACGUCCGGUUGCGAUUACUAAUGCUUUUGGGGCCCCGGUGAAGUGGAGAAAAGCGAUGUAUCCCACUUCUCUCAACAAUAACCCUCACAAUCAGAGGUUUGCAUCCAGCACGCAGCCAGGCAACCACCUCUUGCAGCGACCAGCCACAAGAUUUAUCUACAACAACGUCAAUUACAAUGACAGAGCUCAUCCCCAGAACCACAUCUUCCCCAAUGGGACCGGCAAUCCCAGCCCUUUCAUCAAAGUGGUGGGCGCUGCGCCAGGCAUCUUACCGUCAGCAGCCACUGUGAGCAUGGUAAACGGUGAGCGUGCUGUGCCUGGCAUGAGCGCUGUUCAGAACAUGCACAUGGGCCAGAGGACGGCGAUGGUCCCUGUGAGGUUUCCUGCGACUCCCCUCUAUGGCUCCAGGGUUCUGGAGUCACCCAGGAUCAACCGCAAGCGUGUUCACGAUGAUUCGACCAACUUUGAGGGGAAGAAGCCGUGUGUUCAGCCCACAAACAGUGCGCACACCUCUGCAAACGACCUCGCCAGGCGGGUCCUGCCCUUGCCCACUCUCUCGCCCGCUCUCCUACAUCUGAAGGCGUCCAGCGAAACGUCUACCCGGAGCGUGCCUGACGAGCUAAGCCAGCAAAUCCUAGACCUGUACCAAAACUGCCAACAGCAGGCAAGGCUUUUCCAGCAGAAGGACCAGCUGCGUGAGAGCUUGCAGUGUGAGAUUCGGAAAUUGUUCCCCUAUUGCAAUAUCUUCUUAGUUGGGUCCACAGUCAAUGGUUUUGGGAGCAGAACCAGUGAUGGGGACCUUUGCCUCGUACUCAGAGAACAACAGAUAAACCAACGGACAGAAGCUCUGCAGCUCCUCCAGCAAGUGCUAAGAAUCAUGUGGAGGCUGCCGUAUAUGGAAAAAAUGCAACUGAUCCGUGCAAAGGUUCCAAUUGUGAAGUUCAGGGACAAGACAAGUAGGGUGGAGUUUGACCUCAAUGCCAACAACAUUAUUGGAAUCAGAAACACAUUCUUGCUUCAGGCCUAUUCGAAAGUCGACCAGCGAGUGAAGCCGCUAAUCCUGGUCAUCAAGCAAUGGGCAAUGCAGAGGAGCAUCAACGAUGCCAGCCAGGGCACCCUGAGUAGCUACAGCCUCGUGCUUAUGGUGCUGCACUUCCUGCAGACUCUUCCAGAGCCAGUAGUGCCCUGUCUGCAAAAAGAAUACCCGGGCCUCUUCAACUCAAGGCUCCAAAUCUGGCAGAUACCAAUCAGUGCCAACAGCGUGCCGACCUUCACUUCAAAAAGCAAACUCACCCUGGGCGAGCUCCUGCUUGGCUUCUUCAAGUACUACACCACCACGUUUGAUUGGGAGCACUCGAUCAUUUCGCUGAGGGAAGGCAGGAUCAUCAGCAGAACCCUGGAUGAUGAGUGGAGAAACAAGUACAUUUGCAUUGAAGAACCUUUUGACCAGAGCAACACUGCCAGGGCCGUGUAUGAGAAAUGUCGAUUUGACAAGAUAAAGGAAGAAUUCAGGAAGGCAUCGACGUUGCUCGAAGACGGCAAGAAUAUUGACAAAAUUCUGCUGGCGAGCUAAUAGCAGAACGUUGACAAUGGAGGUCUCGGCGUGCAGCAGGACACUCUUACACUGUUCUUGGGUCAAGAGGAAGCUGCCAGCCCACAAUAAUGACUGAUGAGGCAUUGCACACCUGAUAACUUUCUGCCGAGUUAAUCUCUCAUGAUCAUUUUAUUUAAAUUCUGCUCUUUAUACCAGAUCGACAUUAUACGCAGGCUUUAUUUUCUGAUAUUCUUAGACUUGAAAAGUUGUUUUCGGUUAACAUUUUGUAUUGUACAUAAAUAAAUGGUGCAUUGUUUGUACAUAUUUUAUAUACCAUUCAGCAGCAUUGAAUUGGUAAGUCUAUGCUCAUAUGACUUUUGUGUGCAAAAAGUGAUGUCAGCUGUAUGAGGUAUGAUUGGGAAAAUUUCCAGUAGUUUUUUUCUUGAUGUCUUGAUAUCUUGUUUAAUAAAACAUAAACAUCUAAAUACGGCGCAAAUAUAUUCACAAAAAGGAGCAUUUGUUUUUGUAUUAAUAUAUUGGACAGCGCUGAUUGCAAAUGUAAAUAAUGUCAAUUUGAGAGAUUCCUUGUUUUAAAAUGAGCAGAGGUGUUUUAUUUCAAGUUUAAGUUUUACUUUGUAAUGCUAUAAAACAUUUUAAUCCUGCAGAUAUAAAUAAACAAUUACCAGGAAAUUAAGGCAAUGCCAUAUUACACCGUACAGUAUGAUGUAUGUUUUAACUUUAUAGUUUCCAAGACUCCCUUUGACAGAUGUCUUGCGUAAAAACUUUUACAAAUGAUAGUAAAUUUAAAAGACACCCAACUCGUGAUCAUUUAUUUUUUUAAAUAAAAACGUCAACACUCUA